AUGCGCGUGGUGGGGGACAGGCAGGACCAGACCCCGCACCCCGACUCCCACCCGGGGCACCCCCGAGGGGUCGGGGCCGGGGCCGCCCCUCGCCGCCGGGCUCGGCCCCGCUCCGCCCGCACCGGCGGCUCCGGGACCUCCCGGGCCCCCGGGCUCGGCCGGCGCUGCCGCCGCUGCGGCGGGAGGAGCCCCCCGGACCCCCGGGCCACUCCCCGACGAACACCCAGACUAGGCCGGCCCCGCGGCACCCCCAAACCCAGCGCGGUGACCCCAGCGAAGGGCACCGCCAGCGGGGUGUCCCCCAGAAAGGGCACCACGACGGGACCCCCCAAAGCCAGCGGGGUGCCCCCCACGAACGCCGCGCCCCCCCAGCCCGGCCGGCCCCGCGGCACCCCCAAACCCAGCGGGGUGACCCCAGCGAAGGGCACCGCCAGCGGGGUGUCCCCCAGAAAGGGCACCACGACGGGACCCCCCAAAGCCAGCGGGGUGCCCCCCACGAAGGGCACAGCCGGGGGACCCCCUAAAGGCAGCGAGACGCCCCCCUGGAAAGGCACCACGGCGGGGCCCCCCACACCCAGCGGGGUGCCCCCUCCGAGGGGCACCACGGCCGCCCCCUCGAGGAGCAGCAGCACUUCGGGACCCCCAAAAGGCGGCACGGCCCCCCCGGUGCGGGGCAGCGCGACCCCCCCCAGCCCCUCCCGGCGCGGGGGGCUGCGGGACCGGGACCCCGCGGCCACAGCCCCGGCGCCCACGGUGAGCAAGGUGGCGGAGAGGAGGAGGAAGGUGGUGAGGAAGAAGGUGGUGAAGAAGAAGGUGCUGAGGAAGAAGCCGGAGGCUCCGGUCGCUCCGCAGGAGCCCCCGUGUCCCCCCCUGGGGCUGGAGUCCCUGCGGGUGCUGGACGAGCAGCUCCGGGCAUCGAGCCACAAGCGGCACGGGCUGGGCGCGCACCGCGGCCGCCUCAACAUCCAGUCCGGGCUCUACGACGGUGACUUCUACGACGGCGGCUGGUGCGCGGGGCGCGAGGACACGCGGCAGUGGCUGGAGGUGGACGCGCGGCGCCUCACCCGCUUCACCGGCGUGGUCACCCAGGGCCUCAACUCCAUCUGGACGUACGACUGGGUGACGUCCUACAAGGUGCAGGUCAGCAACGACUCGCACGCGUGGCUGCCGAGCCGCAACGGCACCGAGGAGGCGGUGUUCCCCGCCAACAAAGACCCCGAGACGCCGGUGCUGAACGUGCUGCCCUCGCCGCUCGUGGGGCGCUUCCUGCGCAUCAACCCGCAGAGCUGGUUCCCCAACGGCACCGUGUGCCUGCGGGCCGAGGUGCUGGGCUGCCCGGUGCCCGACCCCAGCGAUGCCCACGCCUGGCACCCCCCGGUGCCCCCCGAACCGCAGCUGGAUUUCCGCCACCACAACUACAAGGAGAUGAGAAAGCUGAUGAAGAGGGUGAGCGAGGAGUGCCCCGACAUCACCCGCGUGUACAGCAUCGGGCAGAGCUCCCGCGGGCUGCGCCUCUACGUGAUGGAGAUCUCGGACAACCCCGGGCAGCACGAAGUCGGAGAGCCGGAGUUCCGCUACGUGGCCGGCAUGCACGGGAACGAGGUGCUGGGCCGGGAGCUGCUGCUGAACCUGAUGGAGUUCCUGUGCCGGGAGUUCCGCGGGGGCAACGCCCGCGUGGUGCAGCUGGUGACGGGCACGCGCAUCCACCUGCUGCCCUCCAUGAACCCCGACGGCUACGAGACCGCCUACAAGCUGGGCUCGGAGCUGGCAGGAUGGGCCAUGGGCCGCUGGACGUACGAGGGCAUCGACCUCAACCACAACUUCGCCGACCUGAACACGGCGCUGUGGGACGCCGAGGACAACGACCUGGUGCCCCACGAGUUCCCCAACCACUACAUCCCCAUCCCCGAGUACUACACCUUCGCCAACGCCACGGUGGCCCCGGAGACGCGGGCGGUGAUCGCGUGGAUGCAGCGCUACCCGUUCGUGCUGAGCGCCAACCUGCACGGCGGCGAGCUGGUGGUCACCUACCCCUUCGACAUGAGCCGCACCUACUGGAAGGCGCAGGAGCUGAGCCCCACGGCCGACGACGGCGUCUUCCGCUGGCUGGCCACCGUCUACGCCACCGCCAACCUCGCCAUGGCCCGCGGCGAGCGCCGGCCCUGCCACUACGACGACUUCACGCGCCACGGCAACAUCAUCAACGGCGCCAACUGGCACACGGUGGCUGGCAGGGGGACACGCUGGGGACACUCGAGGGCGGCCGUGGGCAGGGCAGGGUGGCAGCGGGACGUGGCUGUCCCCAAAGGCCGAGGGUGGCACCGGGAGGGGGGGACGCGGCUGUGCCACCUGCCCGACCCCCCGCAGGUGCACCGCGGGAUCAAGGGCGUGGUCAGGGACAGCGACACCGGGCAGGGCAUCCCCAACGCCAUCAUCUCCGUGGAUGGCAUCAACCACGACGUCCGCACCGCCUCGGACGGGGACUACUGGCGGCUGCUGAACCCGGGCGAGUACGAGGUGACGGCGCGGGCCGAGGGCUACGAGGCGGCCACGCAGCCGUGCCGGGUCUACUUCGAGAACGUUCCCACGCCCUGCAGCUUCCGCCUGGCGCGGGCGCGGGGCCGCCACCGGCACGGGGGAACCCGCCCGGGCCCCGACCCGGCCCUGCGGCUGCAGCGGCUGCGCCUCCGCCGCCUGCGCGCCCACGGCCGCGGGCACUGAGCGGGACGGGACCGGCACCGGGACCGGGACCGGGGGCACCGAGCGGGCCGGGACCGGGGACCGCGCGGGACGGCUCCCAGUAAAGCUCGGGCCACGCCCAUUCUCUGCCAGUCAAUCGCGCCGCCGCGGUAAAACCCCGCCCAUUCGCUGUGGACCAAUAGGAACCCCGCGCUGAGCCGCGCCCCUCAUUAAGACACGCCCCUUUGCGUGGUAGGAAUAAUUAAUCUCCACAAGCCACGCCCACCCAGCCACGCCCCUUUUGUUGUGUCGGGUGCUCCGCCCGGCCCCGCCCCUUUCCCAAUGCAUCAUCUGGCCCCGCCCCCGCGCGCACGUGAGCGCUUGUCCCGCCCUCCCUUCAUCUCUGCGCGCCUAUUGGCUGCUGGCGGCGGGAGGGGCGGGGCGUGGCGGCGGCGGGACCAAUAGGGUGCGAGCUUCAUGGGCGGCGCGGAGGGGGCGGGGCUGGGGGGUCCCCACAGUGGGGUCACCCCACCCCACUCCCCCGUAGCCCCCCAUCGCUGCCCAUGGCCGGGGUUUGGGGGUGACGGGGCUCUCCUGCAGUGUCCCCCCGGCCGUGCCCGGGCCCCCCGUGCCCUGUGCCCCCCCAGA